GUCCCUCCCUCAAUGGAACCCCCAUCGUCGUCCUCCAGUGGUCCAGGUGGCGGUCUACGCGACCUGUAUCGUCUUCCGAAUAACCAGCCAUGGUCAUUGUCAACCAAAUCAUCGCCCUCUAACCCGAGUAGCUCAUCUAAUGCAGGACGUUCGAGUCCUUCCGUCCGACUGUCGCAUUCACAUGGGAACUCUGUUUCUCAUUCGAAUAUAUCCUCCAGAUCGAGUUUGCCAAUGAACAGCCUAUUGAAAUCGUUAGCGGUAUCGGUUAUUCUGCAGUAUACAAGCACGGCCAUAGCCAUGCCAUGGGAAGUUGCACGCACGUUAUUGCAAGUCCAUUGGGUUCCGAGAGUGUCGCAAGAUGGAAGUGAUGAAGAGGACGAGGAGGACGAUGAAGACAGUGACAUUGAAGCCGAAAACAACGACAAUGAUUCGUAUUUUGCCGAUCCUGAUGCGACGCCAACCAUCCCUUCCUCCAGUCCACUUCCUAGCACAAUCAACAUCUCCCCCUUUGUUCAUAGAGAGGAGGAAUCACAGAUAUCUCAAAUUAUCACCCUCCCUUCACAUGGAGUCUGGUCUACGAUCAAACACAUUUCACGACAUCCGUCUGAAGGCUACUUAGCACUUUGGAAGGGCCUGCUCACAUCAUCCGUAACAGAGACGCUUGCUAGCACCAUUCAACCCAUCCUGCAUGGUUUUUUGCUUCCCUCUUCAGACCCUUUCCGUGACCAUUCCCAUUCUUUACUUAUCCUUCCCCUAGUGUCGCACUUGAUGACCGGACUCCUUCUAUCUCCCCUCGAUUUGGUUCGCACCAGACUCAUCGUGCAACCUUUACGUCCAGCACAGUCCGCGCGACCUAGCACAACCUACACUGGUCCAUUGCACGCUUUACAUUCGAUAUACACCAAGGAAGGUGGCAUCCGUGGUCUGUACACACAUCCCCAUCUCCUUAUCCCCACUAUCCUCGACAAUACGCUUCGACCACUUGUAUCGUUGACUUUCCCUCAAAUGAUACUCACUUACAUGGGACUAGGUCAUGUAGCAGAUGAUCCAGAGAAUAACCGAGUAAUUUGGGGAUUAGCGGAGUUGGGAGGCAGUUUUUUAGGGUUGCUGAUCAUGUUACCCGUUGAAACGGUGAGAAGGAGGCUCCAAGUGCAACUGCGUUUAGAGUCAGAAAGGGAACAGUGGGACGAGGCAUAUCAAGGAGAUGUGAGGGUUUUGGAACAUUGUAUGACUGCCUGCGUGCGACUUCGACCAAGACCAUACCAUGGCGUGGUAGACUGCUUAUGGAGGAUCAUGACCGAGGAGAGAAGUGAUCCUUGUUUACGAGGUCAGCCCCGACAACGAAGAAGACACCGGAACUUAAGACCCUCUACAAGUGCACGUAGGCCUUCAACGUCUCAGCCCGACGAGUUCCCUUCACAGACUGCAGAGAAGGAUAUGCUUCUUCCAGGCUUAUCGCAAUUGUACCAAGGACUUUCGAUGCGCCUCGGUGCGAGCGUGGUCGUUUUCAUAUUGAGCGUUCUAGGAGGGGGAGACGGGGAUGGUGAAGGUUGGGCUGAGUUGUGAUAUCUGUAUUUAAUGCAACAUGGGGGACGAGGUGGGUCAACUACUGGAUCUAUGUAUGGAAACGAUGUGUGCGGUUCACAUUUCACGUACAUACCUGAUAAUCACGAAGCAACUUGCAUUUACAUGAACAUUGAAACGUUGUGGUGAC